GUCAGCACAUUUGUUUAGCAGCAGGAGCGUGAACAACUGAUUCAACAAAUUUAUGUACGCGACUUUGCUUCUGUCGUGUGUCGCCCUUUUCAAUGCUUCCAGGAUUUGGUUGCAGUUUUUUAUUUUCUUGUAUUUGAUCCACUGGGAUUUAGACAGUAAAUCACGUCCUUAGGUCAGGGCUCUUUGUGUGAAAGAUCAGCAAUGAACACAUGAUGGUCCCAUUUCCAAGUCAGUCAGAUGGGCCAUUCUAUAAAAAUAGACUACUAACUAACAGGCUGAUUGAGAAACGGCAGCCAAAUGGAGAAACUAUUGAGCUGUCGGCGGAGGGUCGUCCUGAGCUGGUGGAGGAGAAGGAGCUGCCUGUGGUGGACUGCACCUGCUUCGGCCUGCCCCGGCGGUACAUCAUCGCCAUCCUGUCUGGCCUGGGCUUCUGCAUCUCCUUUGGCAUCAGGUGCAACCUGGGUGUGGCCAUUGUAAGCAUGGUCAAUGAUCAUACUGUCUACAAAGGCAACAAGGAAGUACUUGUGGCUGCACAGUUCACCUGGGAUCCAGAGACAGUGGGGAUGAUUCACGGCUCCUUCUUCUGGGGCUACAUCGUCACACAAAUCCCGGGUGGCUUUAUAUGUCAAAAAUUUGCAGCAAACAGAGUGUUCGGCUUUGCCAUCGUGGCCACAUCCACGCUCAACAUGCUGAUUCCAUCUGCCGCUCGCUGCCAUUACAGCUGCGUCAUACUUGUCAGGAUAUGCCAGGGCCUUGUAGAGGGCGUAUCAUACCCAGCCUGCCAUGGGAUCUGGGCCAAGUGGGCGCCUCCUCUUGAGCGAAGUCGAUUAGCCACAACAGCUUUUUGUGGAUCCUAUGCUGGGGCUGUGGUGGCCAUGCCUUUAGCUGGGAUACUGGUGCAAUACACUGGGUGGCCUUCUGUAUUUUAUGUCUAUGGCAGCUUUGGGAUAUUCUGGUAUUUGUUUUGGAUUCUGGUGUCAUACGAGAGUCCUGCAGCCCAUCCCACCAUCUCACCAGAAGAGAGGAAAUACAUUGAAGAUGCGAUCGGAGAGUCUGCAUCAUUUCUCAAUCCCCUUCAAAAAUUUAAAACCCCGUGGAGACACUUCUUCACCUCCAUGCCAGUCUAUGCCAUUAUUGUGGCCAACUUCUGCAGGAGCUGGACCUUCUACCUGCUGCUCAUCAGCCAGCCAGCCUACUUUGAAGAAGUCUUUGGCUUUGAGAUCAGCAAGGUGGGCAUAGUGUCAGCUUUGCCCCAUCUGGUGAUGACAAUCAUCGUGCCUAUUGGGGGCCAGUUGGCUGACUACCUGAGAACCCACAACCUGAUGUCCACCACCAACGUCAGGAAGCUCAUGAACUGUGGAGGUUUUGGGAUGGAAGCCACCCUCCUGCUGGUGGUGGGCUACUCUCACACAAAGGGUAUUGCCAUCUCCUUCUUGGUCCUGGCGGUGGGAUUCAGUGGAUUUGCUAUCUCAGGGUUUAAUGUCAAUCACUUGGACAUCGCGCCUCGAUAUGCCAGCAUACUGAUGGGCAUUUCAAACGGAGUGGGAACAUUAUCUGGAAUGGUGUGUCCUCUCAUAGUUGGUGCCAUGACCAAACACAAGACGCGUGAGGAGUGGCAGUACGUCUUCCUUAUAGCCUCACUUGUUCAUUAUGGAGGAGUGGUUUUCUAUGGAAUCUUUGCAUCAGGAGAAAAGCAGCCUUGGGCAGACAUAGAGGACACAAGUGAGGAAAAGUGCGGUAUAAUUGAUGAGGAUGAACUGGCCAAUGAAACAGAAGAGAUGUACCGCGGAGGGGGGCAGUACGGAGCCAUAAGCCAAUCAGGGGCUGGUUUCAACGGCGGAGGAGGAGGAGGAGGAGCAGGGGCAGGAUGGGUGACAGACUGGGAUAAGUCUGAGGAGUAUGUGCAGCCGCCCGGAUAUAACUCCUACAUGUACGGGGGAGAAGUGGAGAAGGAGCUCACAUAGAAGACUGAUGUGACACAAGUUUUAAAAAAAUAAUAUUAACAAGAUAAAAAAAAUGAAAGAGGAAGGGUGUUUCUGGAGAACGACUGCAAGAGAGUCACUGAACAGACCUGCUGUGUGCUUCUUAAAAUUUAUAACAGCACAUAUCAAAAGAGUGGAUCCGAUUCAUUCCACUGUAGGUGUGUGUGUGUGUGUGUGUGUGUGUGUGUGCAUGCGCGCGCAAGCAUCUGCAUGCAGAGUGCUAAAUAUACACAAACAGAUUUCAUUUUCAUCAGAACUCAUCUUACAUCCCGAUCCUGAUGCUCAUUGUGAUUGGUCAGGAGUUCUGUAUCCGCAACUAGGAGAUCUUGUGUGUGUAUGUGUGCGUGUGUGUGUGUGUGUGUGUGUGUGUGUGUGUGUGUGUGUGAGAGAGAGAGAGUUGUGUGCUUUUGCCUGUAUAGCAACUUGCUGAAGCCACUGGGAUUGUGUUGUUUUUAAUUUUUUAUGUGUGAGUCAUGCAUUUACUUUUAUUUUGCUGGGAAAGCACCUUCAGAGCCUCAGUUUUAAAAACCUCACACUUCCAAAUCCAAGCUCUCAAAGCUCCCAGAUAAACUAAACAGACGCCACCAGCCACGGCACCACUGAGUUUAACUUUCAAACUUCCUAAUCAAAGUGAAAAGAAAAAAGGUGCUUAGGUGUUGCAAAGUCAUACAUACAUGUGUGUAAAGCUGUCAAACUUCCCUUCACCUGUGUGCUUGACUUCGCCGCCUACAGUGUCUCACUGCAUCUCACAUCCAGCCAGACUUACAGGUCACAGUCGCCAGUAAUCAUCUGAAAAUUCCCACUUUCCAUUCAGUGUGUAUAGUUGUUCCUCAGCUUGGAACAUAGUUGUAACACUCCUAGGCCUCGUAGCGCUUUCUGUUUAUGCCUUUUCUUGUUUCACUGGCGGCUUCUCCCUCCAUCUUUCCUCUCUGUCUUAUUCUUUCUCUCAACAUCAGUCAUGUUUGUGUGGGUAAAUCCAAGCUUUUCAGAUCAACUGUGUGUGUGUGUGUGUGUGUGUGUGUGUGUGUGUGUGUGUGACAGCAAGUGUGCCGUUGUGUUGGGUGCAGGUGCUGAAACGUUGUGCAGUGAGCAUAUUUAAUGGACACAGUGGUGCAGUACUGUGCCAGCCCUCUUAUUUUUCCCUUUUACACACAAACACACACAGGGGGGCUAAUUUCAUGCGAGUGCACAGUGAAUCGUGCACUCGUGGGCGAAAAUUAUUAGAGAAUGUGUGAAGUUCAGCUUCACUUAUAUCCUGUAAGAGUAGAGAACCUCAGCUUCCUGCCUGUCAAGCGCACUGGCAUCUGGGAAAUGGAGUACAGUCACAUACAGGCGAGGUAAUCUGUAGUAGUAUUGGACUUAUGUACACACAGACACACACACAACUCACACAUCUGUUCGUGCUGACAGACAGUACAUCUGCUGAUGGUACUCAGUGGGUCACGUUUGCGAGAUAAAACUGCAGUGCUGGAAUGUUUAAAAAGCACGUGUUUGAUUCACUUGGGGGUUUAGUUUUUAAAUGUGUUGCUAUGUCGAAUAAUUGCAAGAAAAAAGUGCAAAAGGUCAAUUGCCAUUUUUUGAGAGAAAAGUCUUAAAGACGUGAAUGAUGAUAACUGUGAACAAGUUCAUUUUGUGUGUGUUGUAUCAGUGUAUCUUUGAUCUGCUUUCUUCUUCUUUGUCUCAGUUUAUGGCUGCUCCAAUGUUUUCCUUCCCAUCCUCGAUGAAAUGUGUGGUUGUCUGGUGGGAAUUGGUGUAAAAAAAAAAUUGAAAAAGACGAGAAAAGAUCCGUAUUUAAAAAUGCAAAUAUAUGGAAAAUAUUUUAUGUAUAAAAGUGUACAUGUGAGAUAACCUUGUGUAUAAUAAAAUUCAAGCAAUUUAAGAUGAUGUCACUAUUUCAGCGCAAUUGUGUCAUCAGGAUUUUAUCACCUACAGCAUGAUGACGCAUUAAAAUGGUGUUGGUUU